CUAUAAUAUAAUUGGAUUGCGGGUUAAAAUUUAAUCCUGGGAUGAUCGCUUCAUUUAUUGCUUCCCUGGCGCUAGUUCUCCCACUCCGCAGGGUAAUACUAUGGACUGUCUGAUUGAGCGCUAGUCAGCAAGUGGUCCCUUUAAUAUUUUGGGGGUAGGGAGGGGGUUUGUUUAAAGGUAACGUCAUGCGAGUUGUUUUGGUCCGGGCGGCCAAUGAGACCGGCAGCCUGGGCCGUGGGAGCCCGAGUGUGGCGCAGGUCCCGGGCGCGCUGCAGUGCGCAGCCGGCGGAGUCAUGGAGCGUGCGGGGGAUCGGGGCGCAGCGGGGCCGGGUCGGGGGAGCGGAGCGCAGCCUCAGCACCAGCACCACUGCAACUGUCAGCACAAGAACCAGGGGCUGCACAGACACUGCUGGCACAGCAACCAGAACCAGUCCGGAGAAUACCAGGUGAACACUAGUGACUUCCAUCGCCUGCAUCAUGCUGGAUCCAAAAACAGCUUCAGCGAGAGCAACCCUUUCACCGAGAUAGCCAUGACAAGCUGCAAGUAUAAUGGAGGGGUGGUGAGACCCCUCAGUAGCCUUGGCACCUCGCACAGAAACCUCCACGACCUGGACUCGGAGACACAGCCUCUGCACACCAACUCCGGCUUGGAGGUGGUGGUCUCCAAACCCGACCAGAACAACAUCUCCAACGACAGCUUGGUGAAUGAAGGCAGGAAAUCACCCAAGAAGUCCCAGAAUAUCGGGCAUAAGCUAGGACACCGGAGAGCCCUGUUUGAGAAAAGGAAGCGGCUCAGUGAUUACGCGCUGAUAUUUGGAAUGUUUGGGAUUGUUGUUAUGGUGACAGAGACAGAGUUAUCAUGGGGAGUUUACACUAAGGCGUCACUUUAUUCCCUCGCACUCAAAUGCCUUAUCAGCCUCUCUACUGUAAUAUUACUGGGUCUCAUUGUUGUCUAUCAUGCUCGUGAGAUUCAGCUCUUCAUGGUGGACAAUGGAGCCGAUGACUGGAGAAUAGCCAUGACGUAUGAAAGAAUAUUCUUCAUCUGCUUGGAGUUGUUGGUGUGUGCGAUUCACCCGAUCCCUGGGCAGUACAUCUUCACAUGGACCGCACGCCUAGCCUUCAGCUACACAACGUCGAUGGCCAACGCAGACGUGGACAUUAUCCUUUCUAUCCCCAUGUUUCUAAGACUUUAUCUCAUCGCCAGAGUGAUGUUGCUUCACAGUAAACUAUUUACUGAUGCCUCAUCCAGAAGUAUUGGAGCGCUCAACAAGAUAAACUUCAACACGCGCUUUGUCAUGAAGACUCUGAUGACGAUAUGCCCAGGGACUGUGCUCCUGGUCUUUAGUAUCUCCUCCUGGAUUAUUGCUGCCUGGACUGUACGUGUGUGUGAAAGAUACCAUGACAAGCAGGAAGUCACCAGCAACUUUUUGGGAGCAAUGUGGCUAAUUUCAAUCACGUUUUUGUCGAUUGGAUACGGAGACAUGGUGCCUCAUACGUACUGUGGGAAAGGAGUCUGUCUCCUGACAGGCAUUAUGAAGGGAGCUGGCUGUACAGCACUUGUGGUCGCAGUGGUCGCACGGAAACUAGAACUCACCAAAGCUGAGAAGCACGUGCACAACUUCAUGAUGGACACGCAGCUCACAAAGCGGGUAAAAAACACUGCUGCCAACGUACUCAGGGAAACGUGGCUGAUUUACAAACACACCAAACUGGUAAAGAAGAUCGAUCACGCCAAAGUACGCAAACACCAACGGAAAUUUCUACAAGCCAUUCACCAAUUGAGAGGUGUUAAGAUGGAGCAGAGGAAGUUAAAUGACCAAGCAAACACAUUGGUGGAUCUAGCCAAGACACAGAACGUGAUGUACGACAUCCUGUCGGAGCUGCAGGAGAAGAACGAAGAUUUGGAGAAACGGAUUGUCACGCUGGAGACCAAACUGGACUCGCUGACUGCCACCCUGCAAGCUUUGCCCGGACUGAUCACCCAGGCCAUCGGCCAGCAGCAGCGAGACUUCUUUGAGACUCACUCGCACAGGUUUAAACCCGUCACUUAUAGCUCGGAGAGGUCGUGGACACCAACGCGGCGGCGCCGAUCGCCAUCGACAGCACCACAUACAUCUUCUGACAGCAGCUAGGAGCUCGCAGAAGUAAAUGAUCUGAUCUCACUUGGCCAUUGUGUGGCUUCCAAUGUUAGCUUUUAUCUAUAAAGCCAUCUCUAUUUAUAAGUUUGGUUUUAGGACACCAGAGUGAUGCUGCGGAUUACCAUUAAUAUUUAAAAGGGUAAAGCAGCUCCCAAGGCUUGUGCCAAGGGGUUUGGGCCAGUAUAUAGGUUGAAGCCAUCUCCCUUAAGAUCUCUCUUCCUCCUCUCUGACCUUUCCUUCCCUCUCUUACUCACUAACACACAAAGCAGUUUUGUCUCUCCAGCGACAAGCAAUAUAAUCUAUCAGCAAGGUUUUUCUUUGCUGUUCAUCCCAGUGCCAUCGUCCAGCCUUGUGCAAGACCUUCACUUUGAGGACCCAUGACUGUGAAUAAUUGGGAUUGUUUAGACAUGGACUGUUGGAAGAUAGCAUUGCUCUGGCAAGAUCCAGCUUUUCUUUCUAGAAUCUAUCCCAUUUAUAGGGCUCAAUAGGCUUUAGGAAGUACUUAAUUUUGGUGGGUGAUUGUGGCUUGGGCAGUUAGUUUGUGAGUUCAGUGUUGUGUCAGGACAGCUUUGCUUCUCGACCUGUAGUUCCUGCAUCCUGUGAUUGGAUUUCCAUAGUAGAGAGUGGGUAAAUCUUCAUUCCUGAGCAGAGCUGAGCCAGUGCAGGGCAUCUUGGAUCUGCAGAUUGAGUUCAAAAGGACCUUAGCUGAAGUAGGACCUGUGUUUGGACCUCAGCAGCCCCUAAAGAUUAGCCAAGGCUCCUUCUCUCAAUCAUGGACCAAGUGCCAGUGGCCACUGGAGAGAGAAAAGAUGUGAUAUCUCUCAGGCCAAGCCCAAAGAGCCAGUCUACACUGGAGUUACAACACUGACAGGAACUUCCAUUUAUAUAACAGCUUUAACAUAACAAUAUACACAAAGGUGCUUCACUGGGGCAUUCAAAAACAAUCUUUACAUUGACCCACAUGAAGAGAGAUAUCCGGACCUGUGACCAGUAGCUUGAUCAAAGAGGAGGUGAAUUGGACCAAGAGGCUUUGGAUGGACGUUCCAGAGCUCACAGUCGAGGCAUAGCCACUAGUGUGGAGAGGGUGAUCAGGAGGGGCACAGGAGUCCAUGGGGCCAAGGCUGUAUGCAGACUGGAAAUGGCCACGGAGAUAGAAGCAAAGGGAGACAUUGCAUGUAUUUGAAAGCAAGGUUGAAGAUGUUCAAAUUGAAGUGUUGUUAGACUAGAUGGGUGAUGGAUGAACAGUAUCAUCUUGUACUUAGAAAUUAUACUAAGUUAGACUAUUUGGAGAGUUAGCAAGGGCUUGCUCAGAUUUAGUACAUAGUGUGAAAACUCUUCAGCAGUGUAGUGACUUUCUAUCAUAUCCAUUGAUUUUUCAUCAGAGACUGGUUCCUUCUGGCUUCCCAAUUUUCAAUGACUGAUUUCCCUCACUAUGGUCUUGAGAAAGGAGAAACAGGGCAGUAACCUAGACAAUCGGUACAGUCUGGAGUUCAUGUAAGUACCAAUACUUAUUGUUAACCGCUGCUGGACUUUGCCCCUUGUUUGAUAGACUUAGAGACCAAAGGAAUAAAAAACACAGAGGUCAUAACAGCAACAGCAAACUCUCAGACAAUUCUGUACUCUUAUGCUGGGAUUGCAGGCUAACCAAGAGUUUGGUAAAGUCAAUGACCAGGAAGGGGAACAGUUUUAGAAGUGUAGAUGUGUGUUGGUCAUCUCCUGGGAGCUGGAAUUAUAAUGUCAACACCAACAGUGGUUUAUCCCAACUCAGGAGGUUGUGCCCAAAAGGUUUGGGAGGAUGCCAGAAUAAGAAAUGGGUGUUACAGUAGCACUGGAAUCUAAUUGUUAAAAGAAAACCCGACAUGGGAUAUCCUUGGGUCCAAGGGCUAUGGAACAUUGGUUCAUUUUUACUAUAGCAAACUCUAAAUAUCAGUGAUAAAAGAAGAAAAAAGGAAGCAAGCACGAGGAAAUCUGCAGAUGCUGGAAAUUCAAACAACACACACAAAAUGCUGGUGGAACACAGCAGGCCAGGCAGCAUCUAUAGGGA